AUCUGUGCACAGUUUUAAAACCACAAAACGAACACCUGAGUCUGCAUCCUUCUUCCUCCUCCUCUAAAUCGCACGCCAAUCAAGAUCUGAAUCUCUUCAUUCCUACUCAAAGAUUCAAUCAUGGAUUUCAUGAAGGUCUUCGAUCAAACUGUCCGGGAAAUUAAGAGGGAGGUGAAUCUUAAGGUCUUGAAGGUUCCGGAGAUGGAACAGAAGGUACUGGACGCAACGGAUAAUGAGCCUUGGGGCCCGCAUGGCUCUGCAUUGGUGGAGAUCGCACAAGCCACUAAAAAAUUUUCGGAAUGUCAGAUGGUUAUGAAUGUUUUAUGGACAAGAUUGGGUGAGACAGGCAAGGACUGGCGUUAUGUCUAUAAGUCGUUGGCUGUCAUAGAGUAUCUGGUGUCACAUGGAUCGGAGCGUGCUGUUGAUGAUAUUAUAGAACACACUUUCCAAAUCUCAUCACUCUCAACUUUUGAAUAUGUUGAGCCAAGUGGGAAGGAUUUGGGGAUAAAUGUGAGGAAGAAGGCUGAAAACAUUGUGGCCCUUUUGAAUAACAAAGAUAAAAUACAGGAAAUUAGAAACAAAGCUGCUGCAAACCGGGACAAGUACGUUGGACUUUCUUCUACUGGGAUUUCAUACAAGUCAGGUUCAGCCACUUCGUCCUCGUUUAGUGGUGGCAGUUAUGGAGGUUCAAGUGCUGUUGGAUCUGGCGAUAGGUUCAGGGAUAGCUAUAAGGACAGAGAUCAAUAUGAUGAAGACAAGUUUGAGAAGAAAAGCUCAAGUAGGUCACGCCGUGGGGUUACAAGUGAGAAUCGAGAGAGCUCCUCAAAGAAGGGAUAUGGCAGCAGGAAGGAUCAGGAUAAUAUUUCAUCCAGUGUGAAAAAAUCAUCAUAUAAGACAAAUGACCGUGAAAAUUACAGUUCAAAUCCGAGUCAGACGGCAAGUGUACUUUCUGAUGAUUAUGAGGACGAUUUUGAUCCACGAGGAACUUCUACUACUAAGGCUGCUUCCGGAAGCUCAAACCAAGUGGAUCUUUUUGGACAUAGUUUGAUUGGUGAUCUCAUGGAUGCUCCAGCAUCUGUUCCUGAAGAGGAGCCUGGCAUGAAUAGUGGUUCAGCAGAGGUUGAUCUGUUUGCGGAUGCAGCUUUCAUAUCAGCACCACCACAGGCAGAAACUGAUUCAUUUGCAGACGCAACUUUUGUAUCAGCACCACCCCAGAAAGCAACUGGAGCAAGUUCUCAAACUCAGAAUGGUUUUGAUCUAUUUGCUUCCCAACCAACCAUUUCUCAGUCAGCUUCUUCACCAAUUGACCUCUUUGCGUCCCCUGUCCCGGUUAUGCAGCCAGAAACAAAGUCCACAAGUCCAGCACCAAUGAACACCAACAUUGUUGAUCCCUUUGCUGCUGUUCCAAUGAACAGUUUUGAUGGAUCUGAUUUCUUGGGGGGAUUCACCUCUAACUCUGGUUCAACAUUUUCAGAACCUUCUCAAAUUUCUGGCAAUGCUGCCAGCCACAGUAGUUUGGAUAGGAAAUCUUCAGCCGACUCAAAGACACCACCCAAGAAGGAUAGUUUACAGGUGAAAUCUGGCAUUUGGGCCGAUUCACUUAGCCGUGGACUGAUUGAUCUUAAUAUAACUGGCCCCAAGAAGGUGAAUCUGGCGGAUGUGGGGAUUGUGGGUGGAUUGACUGACGGAGCAGAUGAAAGGGAGAAAGGCCCCCCAACUUCAUUUAACAUGGGUAGAGCAAUGGGAUCAGGGAUGGGCCUCGGAAAGUCUGGAUAUCAGGGAGCUGGAGAUGAUGACUUCUUCUCGAGUCUCAGUAGCGGUCAACAAUACUCAUAUGGUGGUUUCCAAAAGUAGUGGUGAGAAACAUUUUUGGAGUCUACAUAUUCUUUUGCCCGGGCCAAAAAAUUUGUCAUUCUUGUCUUUUGGUGUGUGCUUAGUGUGUUAAUUACCCUCAAUCAACGGAUGUUGGGAUUUGAGGAAUGUAUUAAUCGCGGAUGAAGAUGUUGAUAGCUUUCCAAUAUAAAUUUCAGUGGAUGACAUAAAAUAUGUAAUUUGAGAUAUCAACAAAGUUGGUCCAUUGAGGAUUUGUUGUCCUCAGUUUGAUCGUUACAUCCUAUCAAUGAAUGAUGAGAUUCAAGCAACACAUCUA